AUGGGUGCAGCAAUUAAAGCAAUUGAGGACCUGCUUUCUCAGUAUUUGGUGCUGGAUGAUAAGAAUGACACAGCUCAGGAACGUCUGAGACUCUAUAAGAAGAAGAUACACAAAGUGGAGUCCCAGAAAUGGUUCAAGGAGCACAAGCGCUCACUGGAAGUGAAUGUCUCAGCAGCUAAUCGCUUCAUCAGCAAUGCUAUCCCAGAGCUGACCGCAGAGCAACGCUCUGCCCUGAAGAAGGCAAGGAAUCCUGGCAAGAGAGUAAAAGAAUCACAGCACACAGAGGCGCCAUCAAAGUCACCCACAGACGACGCAGCAGACUUUUUAGACUCAAUGCAAGUCCCGGAGCAGCCGCAGAGGCAAGCCACAGUAGUGGACGCCCUGCCGGACGCGCAGCCAGUCAUCCGCUGGAGCGCACAGCACCCAGUGCCGCUGCCCGCUUGA